CGAGGUGGGGUUUCCUCUUCCGAUGAGUCGGUUCUGAGGUUCGCUCAACGCGAAGCGUCCUGUCGUAUCAUCGCUUCUACGAGUCUGCCCAAGACCUACUGUCACUCAUCUUGAGGAGCUGUUGCCGGCCGCCUCACCUCUUUUCCUCUCAGCGCCAUGGCCUCAGGAUCCGACUCUAAAGGCGAUGACUUAUCAACUGCUAUUCUGAAGCAGAAGAACAGGCCUAAUCGGUUAAUUGUUGACGAAGCCAUCAAUGAAGACAACAGUGUUGUGUCACUUUCCCAGGCAAAAAUGGAUGAACUGCAGCUGUUUAGAGGAGACACUGUCCUGCUAAAAGGAAAGAAGAGGAGAGAAGCAGUCUGCAUUGUUCUGUCAGAUGAUACCUGCUCAGAUGAGAAGAUUCGCAUGAAUAGGGUUGUUCGAAACAACUUGAGAGUGCGCCUGGGUGACGUCAUCAGCAUCCAGCCUUGCCCAGAUGUGAAAUAUGGCAAACGUAUCCAUGUAUUACCAAUUGAUGACACAGUAGAAGGGAUCACAGGGAAUCUGUUUGAGGUCUAUCUCAAGCCAUAUUUCCUGGAAGCUUACAGACCCAUCAGGAAAGGUGACAUCUUCUUGGUGCGUGGAGGGAUGCGUGCAGUGGAGUUCAAAGUGGUGGAGACAGAUCCAAGCCCGUACUGCAUAGUGGCUCCAGACACAGUGAUCCAUUGUGAGGGAGAGCCCAUCAAAAGAGAGGAUGAAGAGGAGUCGCUGAAUGAAGUGGGCUAUGAUGACAUUGGUGGCUGCCGGAAGCAGCUGGCUCAAAUCAAAGAAAUGGUGGAACUUCCCCUCCGACACCCUGCUCUCUUCAAGGCCAUAGGGGUGAAGCCUCCACGUGGGAUCCUGCUGUAUGGUCCUCCUGGCACUGGUAAAACACUGAUUGCCCGAGCGGUGGCCAACGAAACAGGGGCUUUCUUCUUCCUGAUCAAUGGUCCUGAGAUCAUGAGCAAGCUGGCUGGUGAGUCUGAGAGCAACCUGAGGAAAGCCUUUGAAGAAGCAGAGAAGAAUGCUCCUGCCAUCAUCUUCAUUGAUGAACUGGAUGCCAUUGCUCCUAAAAGAGAGAAGACACAUGGAGAGGUGGAACGUCGCAUUGUGUCUCAGCUGCUGACUCUUAUGGAUGGACUGAAACAGAGAGCACAUGUGAUCGUUAUGGCAGCCACCAACAGACCUAACAGCAUUGACCCAGCUCUCAGGCGAUUUGGUCGUUUUGACAGAGAGGUAGAUAUUGGUAUCCCAGAUGCCACUGGGCGCUUGGAGAUUCUGCAGAUUCACACAAAAAAUAUGAAACUGGCUGAUGAUGUGGAUCUGGAACAGGUGGCAAACGAGACCCAUGGCCAUGUUGGCGCUGACUUGGCUGCUCUUUGCUCAGAAGCCGCUCUUCAGGCUAUCAGAAAGAAGAUGGAUCUCAUAGACCUAGAAGAUGAAACCAUUGAUGCUGAAGUGAUGAACUCACUGGCUGUGACCAUGGAUGACUUCAGGUGGGCUCUGAGCCAGAGCAACCCUUCUGCUCUUAGGGAGACAGUGGUGGAGGUACCACAAGUUACCUGGGAAGAUAUUGGGGGUUUAGAAGAUGUAAAGAGAGAACUCCAGGAACUUGUACAGUAUCCUGUGGUAGCAAAUCCAUAUACUUUAUUAACUUGUCUACCACCUGAGCUAGCCUAG